UCACAGCGUUACCGUUAUUCGCGACUGGGUUGCUUCGCGAUGUGCGCGUCGGCGUUCGUCUGGCACUUGUGCUGACAGUAUCAUUCGAAUCCGUGCUUCGGGAUAUCGAGGUGUUAGUGUGGCAGUCACUGUACGUUCCUCGAAAUUGGAUAAAGUGAAACAUUCUCUUCGGAUAGAGCUUCGUCUCCUCUGGUGAAAAUGUCUCGAAUGAGGCGUGCGGUCUCAACCUCGAGCUUCGCAUCCGCACAGUGGAUGAAAGGCACUCAGGAGUACAUCGAGUGGGGAACUGUCAAGCGCAUCGUGAAAAAGCAACUAGCGAAAGCUGUGAGCGAAUGUAAAACUCAAGCAGCCAACGCCAAACAAUUGGUCGGUGACUUAAAGUCGAGAAGAUUGUCCAGCGGCCACGACCUCCGGAAUCAUGCCGGUACGGGUUACGACUUCGAAGACGACUUCUCGGACAUCGACGAUGACACCGACUUCGAGUCAGAAGAUGAUGAAGAAGAUAUCUCGGUUCCUGUCGGAGUGAUGCCCUCAGACAAAGGCUCGGCUUCGCCAGACUAUGACUGCCGACAUUCACCGAGUGAUCCAAAAGAUGACGUCAGCUCCCUCGGCUCCGACGCGUCGUCUUACGCCUCCGCUUCUUCGAACGGUCUCUUAGCCAGUGGAGGGGUCGUGAAAAGGUUCCCGUUACCACGACCAGCGAUUCCUACGAAACCCGCUGCUUUGCGAUCUCGUAGGCAGUCUACCGCCAGACCUACAGCUCAGCCUCCACCUCCUCCGAUUCCGACACAACCGCCCCCGGCCGCAGCGCCGUCGGAAAGUUCGGAAGAUUACGAGGUUCCUAUUUGUCAUGAAACCUACAGCGAAACGUCAUCAAAUCUCUACGAUGAACAAUCUACUUAUGAGCAGAUCGAACAUUUGGAGCAAACUUACGAAGAAGUUCGCGAAGGUAAAAUUACGACUUCUCCCAGCAUCUCUAACAAGCCUCUAACCACUGCAACCGGCCAAAAAAUCAAAGAUGCAUUGCCGAAACCCCCGCUGUUGCCUCGACAAAACUCCAACCCUUUAGGAUUACUGCCCGCACCCCCGCGACCAAAGGCGCUCAAGCCAUCGAAAACAUCUCCUUCUCCUUUGCUACAUCGUGCGACUCCAUUCUCGGAAAAGAGCUACGACAGCGUGAGCUUGAGCUCUCUCGUGAACCGUCCGCUACCGCCGGUGCCAACAGUUGAGGAUGUUUAUGCUGAUGUCAAUUGUCAAGACGAAGCCCCACGCCACGAGUUAUCGGUCUACCCCUGGUUCCACGACGUGGAACGCGAGGACGUAGAGAAGAUGCUGCGUGAGAUCGGGGAGCAGGGCUGCUUCUUAGUCCGAGUCUCGCGCAGAGGUGGGCCUAGCAGACCGUACACGUUGAGUUUGCUGCACGAAGGUCGGAUUUUCCACCUCCUCAUACGCAAACGACCCGAUGAUACGUUCGCCCUAGGAUCAGAAAAGCCCAAAGAAAAGGUGUUCAAGAUGGUCAGCGACCUGAUCGAGUACCAUCGCCAAGAAGAGAUUCUGCUAACUUCACGAAAUCAGUCUGCCGGGAGCACGCGUCUCACAGAAACUCAUCAUGUCUAGCUCAGUGGCCGAUGAAGCCCACGAUUCGAGGGAUCUGUCAUAUGAGAGCUCGAAGGGAGGUGGACGAAAACCGAGCAGGACGCCUUCUGUAAAUAGACAUCAGGAGAGUUUCCUCAGACGAGACGAGCACCGAGUAGUGUGCGAGGGAAGGCGGCAAAAAGGGAUCUUGCUCGUUCCUGUGCCAUAUCUGGCCGUAUUUAUCGCUCGACUCGUUUGGGAUCCUCACUCGGAGUUCUUGUGAACCUGUGCUCUUCCUAGUCAAGAAUGUUGGAGAUAUAGCGCGACUUUCAUUUGGACGAUCAUCUGAUCCAUCGGUUUGUUUUUCAACAUUAGCCAAGGCUCCAUCCUCAAAACAGAAGGUCAUGGAUAUUUCUAUUCAAUAAAUGUAAUAUAUGUU